UUUCAGUCGGAGGGAUGACUUGGAAUCACUUGGGUACGUGUUGAUGUACUUUAACAGAACAAGUUUGCCAUGGCAAGGAAUGAAGGCAAUGACAAAGAAACAGAAAUAUGAAAAGAUCAGUGAGAAAAAGAUGUCAACGCCAGUUGAAGUACUCUGCAAGGGAUUCCCAGCAGAAUUUGCCAUGUACCUCAACUUUGCCCGCGGCCUGCGUUUCGACGAGAACCCCGACUACGUGUACCUGCGGCAACUGUUCCGCAUCCUGUUCCGUACCCUCAAUCACCAGUACGACUUUACCUUUGACUGGACGCUACUCAAACAGAAGGUCUCCCAGCAAUCGGCGCAGACCAGCGUCUCUAACGGUGUCAAUCCAGGCACGGCCAAACACUCUGAGAGCAGGAGUAAAAGCAAGCGCUGAGCAAUACACCUAUCUUGCAACUCUGGCUUAUUGAAACUUGAGCGUAUCCCCUGCCCCGCAGAAUUGGACAUGGCUAUUUCUGAAUAAACAGUGACCUCUCAUCGUAUGGAAGCAUGGACAAGCAGCAGUCUUGAUGAAUAGUAAUUGCGAAAGAAACAAUGAUGCUAAUAACCAAAGCCCAUUGCUAUCUACUGAACAAAGAUCAAUGAGCUUUUAGGACAAUGAGGAAUUGCCAUGCUACAUUGUAUAAGCACAUCAAGACAAAGAAGACAAAUACUGUCACAUAGUAACAGUAACAUUGUAGAGCAAUCUCUGCUAUAUGAAUGAAUGUAUGAUAAUAUUACAGAAGAAUGUGAUUGAACUUAUGUGGGUAAAUCACUGCAGGGGACGAUGCUAUUAUUGAUAUUUACAUGAAAGGUAAAGAGCAAGUUAAAGAAAUCUGUUGUAUGCAGUCAUAUUUGUCUGCAGUUUAUGUUUUUGCAUCCUACAUGUACCUUUCUAUUAAUCACACUUAUAUUGUUCAAUCUCUAUUGUUCAAUCUCAAUGUUUCAAUUUUGUUUAGCUGUCAAAAUGUUAUUUGUUCAAUCAGAUAUUUUAAGACACUAUGAUUGUGAAGUUUAUGAUGAUAAUUUUGUGUACAUGAUACUGAUCUAGGUUGCAGAGAGUUCGGAAGUUCUUGUGAAGGACUUCAAAAUGGUCUCUGCCCAUUAAGUUUUAGAAAAAUUUGAUUUUAUAAGCAGGGACAGUUUUGCAGUAUCCCCCCAAGAAACCCAAACGUUUCAUGUUUUCAAGAAUAUCACAAUAUAUAUCAUUUUAUGCAGAAUCAUCUAGUAUAAACAGAUUCAUAGCUCAGUCAUUUGUAUAAAUAUAAACUAAGAUUCUAUUUGUGAAUUUACAAAACAAUAACAUCCUUUCAUUUGGUGACCAAAUUCGGCUUUGGCCAGAAAUAAUUCACAUGAAAGUUGUUGCCAACGGUAUGUUUAUAAAUGUAUGCAGAUCCAAUCUUUUUGUCAGGAUAUGUGUGGAAAGACAUUUGUAUUGUAAAUAGAAGUGGAUUUUAUGUCGAACUAUCCUGACGAGGAGAAUUAUUUUUUUUCUUUUAUUUUUAAAAAUCAUUUUCCCACUAUUCAAUGUAUUGCAUGUCAAUGUUGUCUUUUGUGAUAUCCUAAUUGUACAUACUGUAAUUGUAGAUUAUAUGUGGACAAAGUAAAGAGAAUACACAUCCAAAAUAUAUGCACUGACAUGCAAUACAUAGUUAUAUCAGCUUGUUGUAUGUAAACGUACAUGAAUUCAAUGUUUACUUGUGCACUUCUUAUGGAACUGAAACUAAAGGAUUUGUACAGGUUUGACUAAGUGAGUUGAAAUGAGAUAGUUUGGUUGGGCAAUUACACCUGUGAUGUAUAGUGAGACAGAAUGAUCAUAAUAGAUACAUACCAAGAGUAGUUGAGCCUUUUUAAUAUUCUUCUGUCCUGCCUCCUUUUAAUAGAUAAUUACUAGAUUUCUCCUGCCAAACAAGGUUUUCACAAGGAACCAUUUGAUUACAAGUUUCAUACAAACUUCAGAUUCAAAGAGAAUUGAUCAGUCGCAUUUUUAAUUUGAAAACCUGUAUAAUCAAAAUAAUGCUAGACUGACAUUUGUAACAUGAAUUAACAUUUAAACCUUGCCCUUUUUCAUACAACUUAUGAUCAAAGAGAGAUGCAAGAAUUCAAGUCUGAAUUUGCCAUCCACUAGUCAUAUGGCUCUUAUUUUUGUACUUCAUAUAACAAUAUAAAGAUAACUUUGAUUUGAUAUUGAUGACAAGUUUGGUGUAAUGGAUCCCAGGUGGACCAGAGUUUGUUUGUGUGGAGUUAUAUCAUAGAGAUUAAAACCAAGAUAUUGAUAGCACAUAUUCAAAUUAAAUUAAGAUUAGUUGAAGAACCAAGAGGUUCUGUGAAUCUUUGUUUAUUUUGGUGUGCUUGAUGAAUCGCUCAUGAAUAUGCCAAAUCUGUUUUUUUUUUUUAAAGCAUACUCUUUGCCACUUGAAAAUUUGAAUCGUUGAUCAUAUCUGAACAGGGGAUUGUGAAAUGUUGGGUUCAUAAGUCGUUAAAACUAUCACAAGACAUUGUCUUAGCUAGACUAAUUGCUUAUGUUUUGGUCUAGGUGAGAGAAGAUAUCCAUUCAUUUAAUCCCUGUUUGCCUUGUAUGUAUUAUAUUACCUGUAUACAGACAACUCUUGGGCAGGUGGAAAAAAGGGUUUGUAUGAAACUACUAUCUCAUGGAGAAAAUUCAUGUGGUUUAAUAUGAGAUCAAAUGGAGAUUUUCAUUUAAAACAUAGUUAAUAAACUAGACAUUUUAGACCUUUUAUUUUAAACCUUAUUCUUUUGUUUGCAUCAUUUUUAUCAUCAUCAGUAGUUAUGUUCUCCUUCACAUAUUUGACUUAUAAUGCCUUCCUAUGUAUAUGUGCUUAAAUGUUUCAAUUUUACACAGAUGUUUUUGUUUCAUUUGUUAUAUUUCUUAUCGUAUUGUACAAGUCAUUUUUAUUUGAGUAGUCCAUAGAAGUCGUCACAGUUCCUCUGCCCAUCUUUAUCAAUGUAUAGUAGGAUAUAGAGACAUCCACGGAUGACAUGUUAUCCUAUUAAUUCUACUUCUCAAGCAUGUAAUUUAAAUAUUUAUUUGUACUCUUUGUGUAUAUUUUUCAAUAUAAUUCCUGAUGGGAUUUGAGCCUUCGUAAUUGCAGAGUAAACUUGGCUUAAUCUCUGUUGGAACGGAUGUGUAACUCAAAUUUGAUACUGUCAUUGUCCAUGUGUCAUUUAUAUUAUGUACAUCUACAGUUCUCUCUUAUACUCCUUGUACAGAGUAAAAUAAUGAAAUGAAGUUUGGUAUUGAUUUCCCAGUCUUUUUUUUAGGCUUGGUUUAUUACCCCCAAGUCAACUGUUAUGUAUGUAAUCGUUGGAGUCAGAGAUGAGGGAAAUGUGCACUAUCAUGGUGCGUUUGUUGUACAGCAUACUGUGACUGUUAUUGGUACAGUAAAUAAAGAGAAUUAGGCAUUAACUGCUGUGAUGUACAUUGACAA